CCGGCGUUCGUUCUGGAUGUGAGUGCGUGAUGUCGUAAAUUUGUUGCCAAAAGUAAAAAAUAUCGCUCCACUGAAUUUUGGGCUAUACAUUACAAGUAUCAUCGAAUGGUCUUCAAAAUGCGAACUUACAAAAGAAAAACUGACCGAGCUAAUAUUAGUAAAGAUUUGAUAAAACAAGCUGCAAGUGAAGUAAUAAAUGGUACAAGUAUCCGUAAAGCAGCUAAGAAUAAUAAAAUAGACAGAACCACGCUUUCGAGGUAUGUCAAUAAAUUAAAAGCUACCCCUGAUUCUGAUGUGUUCAUGGAUAUGCAAACCCUCGCCAAGUUUUUUCGAAUCAACAAGAACGCAUAUUAAAAGACGACCUCAUACAAGUGGCAUCUAUAUUUUAUGGUUUAACUCCAUCGGAUGUACAUACGUUCCCUUGCUUAUGA